AUGUAUUCUAAAGGAAAUGCCGAGUUGAAGAGCCUUGAAAUAAAGAACGUUUGGACUUCCCAUGAACGUCAUGGCAAAAAUACCGACAAACAAAAAACUAUUCUAAUCAAUUACUGCAACAAUGUUCAACAGUUCGACCAUCAACACGAAAUGAACAAAACUAAACCACAAUAUCGACAGAUUUUGCUGUCAUUAAGCCGGAUUAUUUUUCAAUGA